AUGUACUCAUUCGAGGGUCUUGCUUAUCUCCGACUCAUGAUUCUCGCCUUGAUCACCUUAGUGGGGGCGAAUCCAGCAUCAGAAUGGGGUCCUAAAGUAUCACGAGUGUACAACACAACUGAUGAAAUCCCGCUUCCAAACCAAGGCCACAUCCAAGUCCACGAUCCAAACAUCAUCCAGCACAAUGGCAGCUACUACCUCUUCAAAGGUGGCCACCAUAUACCUAUAUUCAAAGCGACCAAUAUGACCGGUCCCUGGUCUCAAAUCGGCACCGUUCUCGACGCCGACAGUAUCAUUCACACUGGAAAUCGGUCGCGACCAUGGGCACCUACCACUGUCGAGCGCGACGGCACAUUUUACUGCUAUUACACGCUAAGCACGCGCGGCUCGCGUAAAAGUGCCAUCGGAGUCGCCACCACGGCCACGCUAGAAGGGAGCCCGUGGACCGACCACGGAGCCGUGAUCCACACGGGCGACGGGGAGAAUUCGAACGUAUGGCCGUUUACAAUUACUAAUGCGAUUGAUGCGUCAUUUGUGACGGACAAUUCAACGGGGAAAUCGUAUCUGAAUUACGGGAGUUUCUGGCAUGAUAUCUGGCAGCUCCCGCUAUCUGAUGACUUGCUGUCGAUUGAGGAUCCUCGGGAGCCGGAUGCGAUGCAGUUGACUUUUAUUCCGCAUGAGCGCAUCAAGCCGCAGGAAGGAUCGGGGGGAUUCCCUGCGCGCGGGACAGAGUAUAGUAUUCGAGUUGGAAGGUCGAAGAAUGUGCGAGGGCCUUUUGUUGAUAAGGAAGGUCAGAUGCUGCUUGAUGGGGGUGGGUCGAUUGUUUAUGCGUCGAAUCAUGGGAAGGUGUAUGCGCCUGGUGGGGUUGGUGUUCUGGAUGGAAAUGAGACGACGCCGGAUAUCCUUUAUUAUCACUAUUUGAAUACCUCGAUUGGUUUCCUGGAUAGUGAAACUCAUUUGGGCUGGAACAUGCUCAAUUACUCGGAUGGGUGGCCAUUUGUUGUUGAUGGAAUCUUGAUGGCUUCUCAUUCAGGGGCCGUGGGAUAUCUUCCAAAUUGCUUCUAUCUGACCAUUGUGAUGAUUUCAUGGCUGUACAUAUGGUCAUAG